CCAGUCUCGUGCCAGUCUCGUGCCAGUCUCGUGCCAGUCUCGUGCCAGUCCCCGCGCUCGGAAGGAGAGCUGCAACCAUUCAACCAGCCGGCGCCGCGCCACCCACUAAACUCGGAUAUUAACCAUGAGAUCAUCAGCCUGGACUGCCGCCGCUCUCUGCUGGCUCUCGGCCGGACGUGUUUUGUGCGAUGAAGUAGAUGCACAAUCACAUUCGGGGCUUGUUGGUGUUGACGCAUCUGAUCCGCAGUAUCUCGUUUACGAAGUUCACGACGUCGAGGUUGUGCUAGCCGAGAAUGAAAGUCUGUCGAAAAGGCUAGACACGAAGCGGCACCUAGAAGAGAAGGAGAAGCUGCUUAAGAGACUAAGCAAAAGCCACGGCACCUGGAACGAGCACCAUGCGCGCCAUCGCCUUCUCGAGGCCCUCCGCGGUUUCUCCGCCUAUGCUGAUACCCAGCAAGCGGAACUCACCCGGUUGAAGGGGCUGUACAGCCACGUUCCCAAAAAGCAGAAAUCGCUGCUCGAACGGACGGUCAAGUAUAGCCAAAAGUUCAACGACGUUUCCGAGCUGCUCAAAAAGAACCAGCAACUGUGCGACGACAUUGUGCGGAACGCCAUGGAGUUCUACGGAGUCAGCCAACAGGAGCUGGACAAACACGUCAAGGCCAUGAAAAAGGUCAGCCGGCCCGCCGAAAGAGUCAGCGUCUCGCAGGCACUGAAGCACUUUGUCCGGGACUGGGCCGCAUCCGGCGCCCACGAACGAGAUGCGGCGUUUCCGUGCAUCUUGCAGGCGUUAAAAGACCAAUUUCCCGACGCGGGGGAGAAAGAAGUGAAGAUCCUCCUCCCCGGCGCCGGCCUAGGACGGCUCGGUCACGAAGUGGCUCAACUACCAGGCUUCCAAGUAACCAACAACGAAUGGUCCGCCUACCAAAACAUCGCCUACCGCUUCCUCACCCAGCCCACCUCCCAAUCCCAGCCCCACCGCCCCAACACCACCACCCUGCACCCCUUCAUCGACAGCUGGUCCCACCACCGCAGCACCGCCUCCAUGCUCCGCAGCAUCCCCAUCCCCGACAUCCCCAUCCACCCAACCGACGUCCUGCUCGUCGAAGGCGAUUUCACCACGGCCUUCCCCGCCUCCGACCACCACACGUCGGGCGGCUACGACGCGCUGACGACGCACUUCUUCAUCGACACGGCGCGCAACCUGGCCGCCUACCUCGAGACCAUCGCGCGGCUGGUGCGGCCCGGCGGGGUGUGGGUGAAUUUCGGGCCGCUGCUGUACGGGUCGGCGCCGUUCGUGCAGCUGGCGCUGGACGAGGUGGUGGCGCUGGCGGAGGCGGUGGGGUUUGAGUUUUUGGAGGUUCCUGUUUCGGUGGGUGGUGGGGAGGGGGGUGAAGGGGAUGGGGGUGCGGGUUGGGGGAAGUGUAAGGCGGAAGAGGGGGUGGUGCCGGGGAAGAGGGUUUAUGGCGUCGAGGCGGUGUAUGGGUUUGAUGAGCGGGCGUUGACGCGGAAUGCGUAUGAGGCGGUGUUUUGGGUGGCGAGGAAGUUGUAGGUUGGGGUUGUGCUGCUGUUUUACUUGGGGUGUACACUACAGCUGCAAUAGUGCCUUGGGGAUUGGAUUUUCACACUUGUUGCUGUAUGAGAGACUGCUGUAUGAGAGGCAUGCGGAAGGCUGGGAAAUCGAGAUAAAAGUGUAUACAUGUGGCUUCACUGCGAACUCGUUGCGUUGGAAA